AUGAAACUCUCGACCGUGUUCACUCCCGCUCUUGUCGCUGUCGCGUGCCUGUUCCAGUCAACGGCUGCUGAGGGCCAAUCCAGUAUCCACGUUCGAGUUCACGUUGAGGAGUCCCCGCAUGGAAUCUGCUACAAGGAGUGUGAAGCUGGCUCGUACUGUCAGAACGGUACGGACACGUGCAUAAAACCCACUGGCACGCAGUGCUUUCACCCGGACAAAGGUGUGAUCGUGGACCAGGGGUGCGAUCAUGGCUUCGUGUGCAAGGAAGGCAAGUGCGUUUACAAGUAA